GCGGUGGGGUGGCGGGAGCGGAGCGGCAUGGCCACGGCGGCUUCUAACCCCUACCUGCCGGGGAACAGCCUGCUGGCGGCCGGCUCCAUUGUGCACUCGGACGCGGCGGGGGCCGGCGGCGGCGGCGGCGGCGGUGGCGGCGGCGGUGGUGGCGGCGGCGGCGGUGCAGGGGGCGGCGGCGGCGGCAUGCAGCCCGGGAGCGCCGCCGUGACCUCGGGCGCCUACCGGGGGGACCCGUCCUCCGUCAAGAUGGUCCAGAGCGACUUCAUGCAGGGGGCCAUGGCCGCCAGCAACGGCGGCCAUAUGCUGAGCCACGCGCACCAGUGGGUCACGGCCCUGCCCCACGCCGCCGCCGCCGCCGCAGCCGCCGCCGCCGCCGCCGUGGAAGCGAGCUCGCCGUGGUCGGGCAGCGCCGUGGGCAUGGCCGGCAGCCCCCAGCAGCCGCCGCAGCCGCCGCCGCCGCCGCCGCCGCCACCGCAGGGCCCCGACGUGAAGGGAGGCGCUGGGCGCGACGACCUGCACGCGGGCACCGCGCUGCACCACCGGGGGCCGCCGCACCUCGGGCCGCCGCCGCCGCCGCCGCACCAGGGCCACCCGGGGGGCUGGGGGGCCGCCGCCGCCGCCGCCGCCGCUGCCGCCGCCGCCGCCGCUGCCGCGCACCUCCCGUCCAUGGCCGGGGGCCAGCAGCCGCCGCCGCCGCAGAGCCUGCUGUACUCCCAGCCCGGGGGCUUCACCGUGAACGGCAUGCUGAGCGCGCCCCCGGGGCCCGGCGGCGGCGGCGGCGGCGCGGGCGGCGGCGCCCAGAGCCUGGUGCACCCGGGGCUGGUGCGCGGGGACACGCCCGAGCUGGCCGAGCACCACCACCACCACCACCACCACGCGCACCCGCACCCGCCGCACCCGCACCACGCGCAGGGACCGCCGCACCACGGCGGCGGCGGCGGCGGCGGCGCGGGCGCGGGCCCGGGACUCAACAGCCACGACCCGCACUCGGACGAGGACACGCCGACGUCGGACGACCUGGAGCAGUUCGCCAAGCAGUUCAAGCAGCGGCGCAUCAAGCUGGGCUUCACGCAGGCCGACGUGGGGCUGGCGCUGGGCACGCUGUACGGCAACGUGUUCUCGCAGACCACCAUCUGCCGCUUCGAGGCCCUGCAGCUGAGCUUCAAGAACAUGUGCAAGCUCAAGCCGCUGCUGAACAAGUGGCUGGAGGAGGCGGAUUCGAGCACGGGCAGCCCCACCAGCAUCGACAAGAUCGCGGCGCAGGGCCGCAAGCGCAAGAAGCGGACCUCCAUCGAGGUGAGCGUCAAGGGCGCGCUCGAGAGCCACUUCCUCAAGUGCCCCAAGCCCUCGGCGCAGGAGAUCACCAACCUGGCCGACAGCCUGCAGCUGGAGAAGGAGGUGGUGCGGGUCUGGUUCUGCAACCGGCGCCAGAAGGAGAAGCGCAUGACGCCGCCCGGGAUCCCGCAGCAGCCGCCCGACGAUGUGUACUCGCAGGUGGGCACCGUGAGCGCCGACACGCCGCCGCCGCACCACGGGCUGCAGACUAGCGUGCAGUGA